UGAUCAGUCCAUCAACGUCUCUGGUUGAGCGCUGGCGACACACUGCAGCAGACGACAAGACCAGCCGACCACACAGCGUAGCAGACGAUCUCUUUAUCAGCGACUCCGAUGCGUGGCAGACGAUCUCUCUUUCAGUGACUCCGAUGCAGGUUGCGGAGAGACAUGGCAACUGAUCGCGAAUGCAUGAAGUUUGUUGAGUGAAAAGACGUGGCAAGAGAUGUGUAGUAAUACAAGUCAUUAGGUAGAUAAAUACAUAUUUUGCACUUUUUUAUUAGUAAAGUGGCCAAAGGAAUAAUGCGUCAGUAGCAAAUUAAUGCAAGUCUUGUGAUGUCAUGAGGGUAAAGCGCAGCUUGAAUGUGAAAAAUCAGGAUUUUACAGAAAUUGACUAAAUUAUUUUUUCAUGAGCAUACAACAUCACAAUUGUCUUUGAAGCCAAUCCGUCAACAGCCAGUGGCCGUUCAAGAUAGAAACAAGUUCUUUAUACUUCAAAGAGACAAAGUCAUCAAUUGAAGAUGCGGAUAGGCCUUUUGUUGUACCAGUACGUGUAGAAUGUCAUGGUAACAAUAAGUCAUCGCUUCCAGGGCUGAAGGAUAUGAAGCGAAGUAUAUAGACACCAGCCAGUCGCGUGCAUCCGGCGGAUUGAAAAGCUAACCAGUCGUGAGGAAUCAUCGCGAAGGUAUUUCAGACACGUUCAUACCAAAAAUAGAAGACGACGAGGACAGAGUUGAAAAGCAACUGCAGCAGACGACAUUUGAAGACAUGGAAGCAGACGACAAAUGAAUGGGUGUUUGAGUUGUCAUCGAAUGAAAACAGUUACUGGACGAGGGAUCGAAGAAACAAUAACAAGACAGCUAAUAGGCUCCCACGGGCAUCACUUUACCUCCUUCCAGAAACACAUUCCAUCUGUGACGUAGGUGAAAUUGAGGCAAAGUAGAUACACUGAAGCAUUACAUGCUGCGCGGGAGAUAAGAUGAGUAAGAUCAUGGCCGGAUACCCAGUUGGAGGGUCGUUUUUGAUCGCCGUCUACGUCUUUGUUUUGGACAUCGUCACCAACGUAGAUGGUGCAUCCAAUGCAGAUAACAAUGGUCUGUGUUUCCGAGCCGAGUCUCUCGGUCAUCGCGAGGGCAACCUUUACUACUGCAAUGACCCCGCACUUCCGUUGUGCUGCGAGAAGGACAGUACGCAUACAUGUUGCAAGGCAGAGACAGCGAGAAACAUGAAUGACCAGCUGAUCUUGUGGGGGUUCAUGGCCUUGACAAUCAUGUGUUUCGGGGGAGUGUAUUACUACUUCUCCAAGGAAGGGGACUACUGGGAGUCCCCCACGAUGCGACUGGCGGCCGGCCACAUGGCGAGAAGGUUUGGAAUCAGGAGCUUUGGGAAGAAAAAACUGGACGACAGCGUAUCCCCAAUACAGCGUGAUUUCGACAUCAUGGAGGAUUCCCACCCUAUGAAAUCUCUUUCACCGGAAGCGCCCGCAGUUGAGAAGCCGGCAGACAUUACCUUGACGUGAAGAUAUGAAACACUCUUUGAAAAAGAUAUAUCUGUGAUAAAAAAGACGUUGGAGUAAAGAGUAUAUAUUUUUUAUCAAUAGUAAUUGUCUAAGCUUGGACAUUUUCAAUAUCAUUGUUUAGCUUAACUAUUCCGUCCAUUUGGUCGAAAUAUCGACACGGCAUUUGCCCAAUCUCGAGGUGGCACAGUGGUCAGUGCGAUUGCUCGUAGCGAGUUCCUUUCCAAGUGUUACUUUCUUGCUUUUCCCUUCUGCAGAGGCAUUAUUAUGACGUUUCACGCCGUUUUGAUCCCUUGCCGACCUAGGCUGGAAUUCCUGGGCUCGAUCGUAGCACAACCAGUGGCUUUUACGAGUUAUGUCCCUUUUUUGUCCCAUUGACCCAUCAGAUUCCACCUCUCAUAUCACUUACGUUUACUUCAUCAAAAUGGCGGUGCCCAGCCAAGACAAUGUGAUCGAUAAUCAAAACGUAUAUUAUAGUAAAACGGUUCUUACAUGGCGAAGUGCAUCAAAUCACUUGAGCACCUUGCUUAAAAACAUGAAAUGUUUUGGAAACUAUCUGUUGACGCCGAGUUGCAGGUACAAAUGCUCCGCAAAUCCUGCAAGCGACCGAAAUCUAUAUGGCAACCGGAUGUCGAUUUCGUUACGCGAUUUUGAUUGGACUAUGCAUAGACUCGUUAAUCCAGCCAAAAUAGAACUCAAUAAUGCCAGCCUAGUUCGGCAAAGGUGGAAACUGGACUUAUAUUGUCAGUUAACUCUCUUGCCUCUGGAGAGAUAUGCUUGCUGGUGGUAGUGAGUUCACUGCACGUAUAGGAACGUUUCCUUCAAGCAUUGUGUACAUUCCUUAAUUGAGUAAAGUGUUUCGUCAUUCGUGUUUUCUGCAUCAAACGUUAUGGACACAUGGAUACAUGCUGUUGAAAUCAAUGUGUGUAUAGACAUUCUGUUACAGUGUUGUGUCUAACACCUCUUGAUACAGCGCCAGUUAUGCCACGUUGUGUCAGCUUAACGUUAAAGAAAAGGCUAACUAGUCGCAGACCUUAAAACUUUGAAACGAGUUCGGGUAUGAUGGUGACAGACCGAAAAUCAUCAUUAUAAGGCGGUCAAGGCAAAUCUAGGAUUGGAACCAACGGAUAUCGGAUCCUGGGACGACUUAGAAACACAACUCUGCCCCAAGCGCCAUGUAAGUCUUAUUGAGUUGCCGAUAAGCAAUACGGUAACUUGCAAUGUUACCACCGUGGACAGCUCCGUGGCUAUGUCGAGAUAGAAUUGGUCCUCAGCAACAUCAUUUAUUGAUGUAUCGUGUGUUUUGGGAUGAUGGCGUGUCAUCGUGAUAGUGCGGAUCAAUGCUCGUGUUAUGAAGUCUCAGGUUUGUCUUGUUCAAACUCAAUUAUUUACAUGAAUGA